AUGUUGUUUUCUUCACCAAAGGGCUUCGUCGCCCAAGCUGCUCUUUUGGGUGGUCUUCUCGUUCAAUCAGUCGAUGCGCAGUACUACAAGAUCGGAACAAAGGACGAGAUUAAACAAUCCGCCCGCACACUCGCUUACGAUCUCAUGCUUCAAUAUGACGGAAACACAACUGGCAUGAUUCCCGGUAUCUUGCCCGGUCCUCCAACGGAAUACAAGGGUGAUUACUACUGGUGGGAAGGAGGAGCCAUGAUGGGUACUUAUAUCGAUUAUUGGAAACUCACAGGCGACUCAUCCUACAACAAGGUCGUUAUGGAGGGCAUGCUUCACCAAACAGGAGAAGGUCGCGAUUACAUGCCCAGCAACCACAGUGCCUCCCUCGGAAACGACGAUCAAGGUUUCUGGGGCAUGUCCGCCAUGCUAGCAGCAGAGAACAAAUUCCCCAAUCCGCCAGAGGAUCAAGCGCAGUGGCUAGCCCUUGCGCAAGCUGUGUGGACGACGCAGGCUCAACCUGAGCGUCACGAUGAUGAGUGCAAUGGUGGAAUGAGAUGGCAGAUUCCCUUCACCAACUCUGGUUACGAUUACAAGAACACUAUUGCCAAUGGAUGCUUUUUCAACAUCGGCGCUCGUCUCGCGAGAUAUACCGGAAACGACACCUAUGCCAAGCAUGCUGAAGAAACCUGGGAGUGGCUCUGGGGCGUCAACUACAUCGAUCACGAGAGGUGGUUAGUCUACGACGGUGGACACGUUGGAAAGAACUGUACCGAUAUCAACAAGGCGACAUUCUCUUACAACGCAGCUAUUCUGCUCCAGGGUGCAGCGUUCAUGUACAAUUAUACCAACGGUUCCACUGUCUGGGAAGACCGCAUCACCAACCUCCUCGACGCUACCCUCAAGAACUUCUUCCCCAAGGACAUCAUGUACGAAGUCCCCUGCGAAGGCCGAAAGGGCGCCUGCUCGACCGAUAUGUUGUCCUUCAAAGGCUACGUGCACCGCUGGCUCGCCGUAACAACCCAAGUCGCACCAUUCACCCGCGAAAAGAUCCUCCCCGUCCUUCAAAAGUCCACCGAAGCAGCGGUAAAGCAAUGCACAGGCGGCGAUUCCGGUCGCGCAUGCGGUUUCUACUGGAGUGGAGGAAGCUACGUAGAUGUAGCGGUCGAUGGAACGAGUGGUGCAGGCGAACAAAUGAAUGUGCUUGCUGCGGUGUCGAGUUUAUUGAUUGAGGAUGCGGAACCGCCGGCUACGAACAGCACGGGUGGUAUUUCGAAGGGUGAUCCUAAUGCGGGUAAGGAUUCGCAUGAUAAUCCUGAGCCGAAGCCUUUGACGACGGCGGAUAGAGCUGGUGCUGGUAUUCUGACUUUCUUGGUUCUUGCGAGUGGAUUGGGAACGUUUAUUUGGAUGUGUGCUUUUGAUUGA